AUGAACAAGAGAGCUGGCCUCAAAGCUUUUAAAUGGGUCCUCAAAGAGAGAGUAUCCCAAACAGCUGUACAGAGGUUUAAUGCAAUGUUAGACCAUCAAUUCCAACCUCAGUUAGCCAGUGCAACGAUCGACACCAGCAAGGUUUUAUCUGCCGGCGACCAUUUGCUAUAUUUCAAUCCCAGUACAAACACCCUUAGCCCUGAUGGGUAUUUCGAAGAUCAAACGCCAGGCUUUCUACUUUGUGAUCCAACCCUGAUAUUUAGACGACGCAUGUGGGCUUUGGGCAACAUGGAGUUCAUAUCUCCAAUGAAGAUUGAUCACGACUAUGAGUGCGUAGAGACCGUCCGCUAUGUCAAGCGACUGGGGAGUGAUUUUUUCGUGGGCAUAGACAGGGCAUUUCGAGAUUGUGAUACCCAAUCUCCUGCCACUACCGAAUUCCGGGCACUUAUAUAUACCAACAAACCGGUUAAACACUCGCUGGUCUCGAACAGUGAGACAGCUCAAAAUGUUGCCGAAAGCACCAUCACGAAAUUGAAGUUUCUAGACAGUGACAUUUUCCGGUACAGUGCGCUCACAUACAAUUCUCACCGGAUCCACUGGGAUCGAACGUACUGCCGAAAAGUAGAGGGCUAUAAUGAUAUCGUCGUUCAAGGGCCCUUUAUCAUACACACCAUAUUGAAGUACAUGCAGCGUGCGUUGGGGCUGAAAAUCCUGAGGUUGAAGUACAAAAACACCAAUUUUAUAUAUCCGGGUACAGAUGUCGAGAUUCACGCAAGUCAAGCGUCGAUGGGCGAGUGGAAGGUUGAGAUGCGAGAUGCGACGAAGGCCGCAGUCUACUGCCAAGCCAUUGUAAAUGCCACUGUCGGUUAG